AUGGAGUCAGGUCCGAUGACUUGGUGGCCAUGUUACUGGGCCACCACGCCCAAUCCAUCGCUGAGGACGACGGAACGCUUGGAGCAGCAAUACUGCAUCAAGUUUUGUCAGAAACUUGGGGAUACCCAAGUGGAAACAAUCCGCAAAAUUCAGCAGGCUUUCGGCGAUGAAGCAAUGGGGGUCACUCAAAUUAAAGAGUGGAUCAACCGCUUUAAAGAUGGGCGCAUGUCGGCGGACAGUGACCAGCGUCCCGGGAGACCGUCAACGAGCCGAAAUGCUGAUGUCAUUGACAAAGUGCAGAUAUUGAUCAUGGAGGACCGUUGUUUGACUGUCCGGGAAAUUGCUGAUGAGGUUGGGAUCAGCAGAGGUUCCGCAAACACGCUUUUAACUGAGGAUUUUGGCAUGCGAAGAGCGGCGGCAAAAUUUGUGUCCAAGCUGCUUUCGCCGGAGCAGCAACAAUUCCACCUUGAGGUCGCGCAGGACAUGCUGGAGUGCGCCAACAGGGAUCCUGAGUUCCUGAAGACUGUGAUCACUGGUGACGUGUCGUGGGUGUACGUAUAUGACCCGGAAACCAAGGUCCAGUCGUCACAAUAG